CUCGCAAAGUCCAUUUCCUACAGGCUGUGAUUGGACUGUUCGACAAGUAUUGCAUGCGAUUGCUGUACGCCUGUGCAUCAUUCUCCACCAGUCGCUCCUGCAAGACCUCGCGCAUCACCCGCCCCACAACCCUAGUGCUGCUGGAGUUUCGCGCUCACGUGCAAUAAUUCAGGCCAAUGCACGGGCCAUGCAGACAUCCUUAAAUUCCCUCGUUUCCCCUCCUGUCGGCGGAGGAAUUUCUUUGCACAUACACGCUACCUGGUAAGACUGUAUCUCCAACAAGCGCACACUGUCAUGUCGCAUGCACAGGCUACAUAUUAUACGUCUUCCGACGGCAAAACAUACACCACUGACGGGAAAUAUGUACUCGCCGGCAAUCAGUGGGAAGCACGUACGGGCUCUACCAACACUAGUAGUUCUGCCAGCCAGUCGCAAACAUCACUUGGACACGUUUCCGGCCAGAAUCUUACUGCAGCCAUGCUUGCACCGUUUGGGAUGACUGCUCCCUCCCAUAUCGUGCCGCCGCAGACUUCGGGGAAUGAGAAUUGGCGACCAACCGGGCAGCGAGCUGUGCCAUCUAUUGAUGUACUACCAGCUGUACGAGCUGCCAAGAAUGGUCAUCCUUGGAUGAGGGCUUAUGUGAAUUCUUUCGACCAAGUCACAGGUCGAACCGGGUAGCGCAUUUUCAAUGGGCUAAACAUAUUGGAGGGUGUGAUAAGAUGCAGUCAAUGUUUGUAAUUAGAAAUGGUUAUCUCUGGCGAACUCUAACAAUACUUUAUCCUUUACGC